AUGUCGAAUAUAUAUCAAUGGUUAUGGAAAUCUAAUCCUAAUCCUUGGGAAAUAAACAUAGAAGAACAAUGGGAAAGAUAUUCUGAUAUUGAAAUGACUAUCAUUGAAAAUGCUUAUCAAAAAAAAUAUUCAACUGUUGAAUUAGAUAAUUUUAUCAUUGAUCUUAAACAUCUUGUACAAAUUAAUAAAAUAGAUUCAACAAAACAAAGACCUAUUAAACGAAUAUCAGAUGUAAAUCUUCAAUGUUUAAGAGAAGAACGAUUUACUUUACCAAAUCAUAGUUCAUUGAAUAUACGAAGAAAGUCUUUUGGAGAUGAAGCUAGAUGGAUGUCACCAAAAUUUAUUGAAGAAUGGAUUAGACGAAAUCCACGUAUAACAUUAAUUCAACGUAUUGAAAAAGCAGCACAAGGUAUUUUAGAAGAAGGUCGUUUACUUGAAAAAAUUACCGAAAGUCAAUGGUUAGCAAAACAAUUAUUGGAAGUUAAAGAAAAAUCAUGGGAUGAAAUUGCUUUACGUUGUUUAUAUUUAUAUACAAUAGAAUGUUUUCUUUAUAAAUUAUUAAACAAAACAUUAAGAGAAGAAGAUCUAUCAAAAGUUGAUACUUUAGGACCUUUUUGUGAUUUUCUUUGGAAUAGUCUCUCAUCGGAAUAUUUAAAAUCAAAAUAUCAAUUUACAGGUUUAGUUUAUCGUAGUGCUUCAUUACAACCUGAUGAAAUUGAUGCUUAUAAAAAUUCUAUUAAAAAAUAUCCUAAAGAAUGGCUUAGCUUUUCAUCAACAAGUAAAAAUCGUACUUUAGCAGAAUUCUAUGGUGGAAAUACUCUUUUUAUUAUUAAUGUACCAUCACAAUCACAACAUUUAGAUAUAUCUACAAUAUCACAUUUUCCUCCUGAAGAAGAAGUAUUAUUAGGAGCUUCAACUAGUUUUCAAAUUGAAGAUGUUAAAUAUGAUGAAACUACUGGAAAACAUUUUAUUUAUCUUAGAAUUUUAUGGUAA